CUACUUUCCGUCGUGUAAUCAACGAGCCAUUGACCAAUGUGUAAAGAUAAGAUCAGCUAAAAGCGGCCGGAAUCCAAACAAAAAAUUCGAAUCAAACCACCAAAAACAGCGGCUACCACCAGCUAGCUCGCCAAUACCUCGGGCCCAAACCUGCAGCGCUCGUCUCUGUGGAUUGGAAUUUUGGAGACUGAACGCCGCCGGCGCGCCGCAGAGUCCAAGCACUCACCAGCUGCCUAUUUCUUGCCGCCACGACGCCUCGACAUGGCAACCUCGUGUCGUGCUGUCGUGACGACACCUCAAUUUGGGUGGCUUUACGUUUGCAUUCACGGAUGCUGAGCCUUCACCACCGGCGGCCGCCGCCGAGCCCCCACGCCGGCGACGGCUCCCUCGCCUGCUACGGCAUCGUCGUCGCCACGGCGUCGCUGCUCCUGUUCACCAGCCUCGCAGCCACGGUCAGCAUCGUCAAGGCGUGCGCGCUCGCCGGCGCGGCCGGGGUGGUGUUCGGCGCCGCCGGCUGCGUCUCCCGGUGGUGCGGGGUAGGCGGGGCCGGGGCGGCUCCUGCGCUGCCGACGACGGUGGCGCCGGCGGCACGCGCGAGGGCGGCGUGCGGGCUGGUGGACGCGGCGAUCGACGCGCUGCCGGCGUUCGCCUACGCGCGCCCGGGCGCGUGCGGCGGGGAGGGCGGCGGCGGCAGCAAGUCCGGGAGGUGCGCGCUGUGCGCCGUGUGCCUGGAGGACGUCGAGGACGGCGAGAUGGUGCGGCAGCUGCCGGCGUGCAGGCACCUGUUCCACGUGGGGUGCAUCGACAUGUGGCUGCACUCGCAUGCCACGUGCCCCCUCUGCCGGUGCCAGGUCUCGCCGCAGCAAGUUGGUGGGAAGCUCACGGCGGCAGCAGAUGCACCGGAUGAUGCGCCGCCGGUGUGAUCCUACUCAGCGAAGAAGGCCGUGUCAUGUGGCGGCUACGAUCGUCGAUUUUGCAUCAAUCCUGCAAAGUAAAUUUUUUUUGCGAAAGCAGAAAUUUGUGCAUAAAUGGUGUGUGAAUCCAUCAAAAGCUUUGUUCACCUGAUGCUCGAAUAGAAAAUGAGUGGGCGAUUCUUGUCAUGAAUUAGUGCAUUUAAAUUUGUUCCAUGAGGAAUCAGUAAACGUCUCUCUCCUCUCUCUCUCUCUCUCACACACACACACACACA